CACUGGCAGCGCAUCUCUAACACAUUUGUUAAUAUCGCGUUUUUUUGCAAGCCAACGAAAAUUUUGAGCCAGGAACAAACAAAAACCGCGCGCAUUGCGACAACCAUAAUAAGAUGUCUAUAUAGGGGUCGCCCAGUCGGAGGAGCAGACCAAUCUGUCACCAAUUGCAAGCAGAAUAAACGACACUCGCGCUCUUCGCCUCAGCAGCAGCAGCAAUGGGCCUCGAUUUUGAUGCCGUGGAAUACUGCAAAGGCGUUAAGGACCAGCAGUCGCAGCCACCGUAUGCCUGUCCAGUGCGAGGCUGUGAUCGUAGCUAUAAAACAAUUGUGGGGCUACAGUAUCAUCUGGUCAAAUACGAUCAUGACAAUCCGCAACCAUUAACUCCGGUGCUGACACCGCAUCGGAAAAAGGCCCGCUCUCGUUCCACGCAUCAUCAUUCGACGCCCAAGGAUAGCGGGAGCAAGACAUCAACUCUAGGAAUAAGGGGGAAAGAUGGAAGCACCACCAGUGCCAGUGGAGGAGGAAGCGGUGGUGCUGGUGGUGGUGCUGGCAGUGGUGGUGUGGCAGGUGUCCGAAGUGGUCAAGAAAAUGGCUGUAUAUCAAAUCGCUCGGCUAAUGUAAAUCCCGAAUCAUUGGUCUCUUUUAAUGAGGACGAAGGUCUGGUUACAUUCAAUAUUGAUGGCAAAAGCGUGCGCCUGGGCAUAGAUGAUCCUUUGCCCCUGGUGGAUGAUGAAGAGUUUGCCACAUUGGUGGAACGCGGAUGCAUACUGAAUGCCGAAGCUCGGCCGCUGGAGGAGCAUGCUGCUUGGGCCAAAGUCCAGGUGCCGGUGGCUAAAGUAAUAGAAAUUAAAGAUUACCAUGUGCCUGAUGCUCCACCUCGGCCAUUGGCCUAUUAUCGCUUCAUAGAGAAAUCUCUGGAGGAGCUGGACGGGGAAAUUGAAUACGAUGUGGAUGAGGAGGACUCCGCCUGGCUGGAGCAUAUGAAUGAUGAGCGUCAAAAGCUGGGACUGAAUUCAGUUACCAUUGAUACGAUGGAAUUGCUAAUGGAUCGACUGGAGAAGGAGUCACAUUUCCAGGCGGCAGCCAAUGGCACGCCCACUGGCGUCGAGGUUGACGAUGAUGCAGUCUGUUGCAUUUGUCUAGAUGGAGAGUGCCAGAACACAAAUGUGAUUCUCUUCUGUGACAUGUGCAAUCUGGCCGUACAUCAGGAUUGCUACGGAGUACCCUAUAUACCAGAGGGUCAAUGGCUAUGCCGGCGAUGUUUACAAUCGCCAAGUAAACCGGUCAACUGUGUGCUCUGUCCCAAUGCAGGUGGAGCCUUCAAGCAGACGGAUCAUGGACAAUGGGCGCAUGUGGUGUGUGCCUUAUGGAUACCAGAAGUUCGUUUUGCCAAUACAGUGUUCCUGGAGCCUAUAGAUUCCAUUGAGACCAUUCCACCUGCACGCUGGCGUCUCACCUGCUAUGUGUGCAAAGAGAAGGGUCUGGGGGCAUGCAUCCAAUGCCAUCGGAAUAGUUGCUAUGCCGCCUUCCAUGUGACCUGUGCCCAACAGGCUGGUCUCUAUAUGACCAUGGACACCAUUAAGGAUGGCCACAAUGAUUCGUCCAUGCAUGUCCAGAAAUUUGCCUAUUGCCAUGCCCAUACGCCGGCAGAUGCUAAGCUAAAGAUGAAUGUACCCGACUUCGAGGAUACGAGGCACAAAAUGCGUGAGGCACGCAAAGCGCUGGCCAAGAAGAGGUCAACCGCUCCCGUUGUCCUUAUACCAACAAUUCCUCCGGAGCGUGUCCAAGAGAUUUCUAGUAUAAUUCAUAUGCAAAAGAAGAAGGAAUUCCUGGACAGGAUCAUAGCAUAUUGGACGCUAAAGCGUCACUAUCGUAAUGGUGUCCCUCUGCUGAGGCGCCUCCAGAGUCAGGGCCAUAAUCAUGGUGUGAUCCAGAGGAAUGGCAUAGAGGGCUCACCAGAUACGAAUGAAUUGUAUCGCCAGUUGAAAUAUUGGCAGUGUCUGCGUCAGGAUCUGGAGCGGGCGCGUCUUCUUUGUGAGCUGGUACGCAAACGGGAGAAGCUGAAGGUGGCCUUUGUUAAGAUAUCGGAGGAGGUGGUUAUGCUCCAGCUUAAUCCAUUGGAAUCUGCCCUAACCAAAUUGUUGGAUAGCCUUGAAUCUCGCGAUACCAUGGAGAUAUUUCGAGAGCCUGUGGACACGAGUGAGGUGCCCGAUUAUAUGGAUAUUGUAAAACAGCCUAUGGAUCUGGGCACGAUGCGGGAUAAGCUGAAGAAUUGCAAAUAUUCCUCACUGGAGCAACUGGAGGUCGAUUUCGAUCUGAUGAUACAGAAUUGUUUGGCCUACAAUAAUAAGGAUACGGUGUUUUAUCGUGCCGGCAUCAGGAUGAGAGAUCAGGCUGCUCCUCUCUUUGUCCAGCUGCGCAAGGAGCUUCAACGGGAUGGACUACUAGAGCGUAGUCAGCGUUCCCAUGUGGAUCAUGUGGAGGCGGAAGUCGAACACGAGCUGAAGCAGCUGCUGGCUGUGCCGGCUAACGAGGAUGUCGUCCAAAAGUUACUCAUACUCGCGGACAAAUCCCAAGUCCUUAAGAAUCCCAGCUACAGGACGAAGAAGAUAAAACAGAUUAGGCUAGAGAUUACCAGAAUGCGUAAAGCUUUACAAAAGAAACGUUUUGCAGCGCGACACUCCACUCAGGCGCAGAAUCAUAGCGACGAUGAGGAGGAGGAGGAGCUGGAAUCGAGAGCCCAAAAGCGCACACGCAAGCAUCUUAAUAGCACCACUAUUAAUACCACCAUGGAUAUGGAUGAGGACGAUGAUGAGGACUCCGAGGAUGAUUCCAUGGCUGAGGAUGAGGAUGAGGGAGUGAAAGACAUCAAUAAUUCAACACAAACUCCGCCCUGCAGUCCCAUCAAGAGUCUCAAUAACAGCAGUUCACCCGUGGGCAUCAAUCGAAGAACGGCCAUUUUGAUUACACGCAAGGCACAGACUCUUAAACGUCCAUCAGAGCCGCCAGCCACUCCCGUCAAAGAGGAGGAACAUAUGAAUUCGCAAUCCUCUAGCACACAAUCCACUAGCCUUAUCUCUUCCAAUUCCUCCUCGACAACAACAGCGGCCACGGCCGCCUCAAGUAAUCUGAAUUCAGUUCUGGCCACUGCUACGCCCACUGCCUCCUCUGGUUUCACGCUGACGCAGAGUCGAGAUCUGAGUAGCAACAAUAGUGCGAACAGCGGAAUAGGAGCAGCUGCAGCAGCUAGUUUAACCACAACCGCCUUGUCCAUAAGCAAUAAAAUUGGUUUCGGCAGCAAAUCACCCAAAAGAUCAGCGCCUGGACGCUAUCGUCGAUUAACUGAAAUGAGUAACAGUGUCUCCUCCAUGUCACCAAAGAAGUCACCCAAUCCAGCGACAAUAGUUCCCGUCUUAGCGCCCGAUCCAGUGCCCUUUGAGCGUAUACCGGACAGUUUUCGUGUCUAUCGUGGCAACAAUCAACGCGAUGCCAGUGAAAGUGAUGAUGCUCCCUCCCAGUCGAGUAGUCCCUGCAGCAGUUGCUCCGAUUUCAGUGUGUCCGGCAGUUGUUCGGACUUUGAGAGCGAUGAGGCAAGCGAUGCGAACGGCGGUGGAGGUGGCGAAGGCGGUGAUGGCAAUGAUUCCUCUCAGGAUGGUCUGGAUUUACCGAGCUUGAAUAACACUGGAGGUCAGGGUAAUGGUAAUAUGGCAAUUAGUAGCAGCAGUAGCAGUAGUAGCAGUGGCAGUUCCAGCGAUGAAAAUGAAGACGAGCAUGUGGCGAGGAAUAAGCAAAGGAUAACUAGAAGUACGCCCACCCCAACGCCCAUGCACACGCCAUCAGGUUUAGCAAGAGGCGGCGGAGGAUUACGAGGCAGAGGCAAAAGACGUAACAAUCUCAGCGAGUCUACCAGUUCCACAGCUACGCCUCCCCCCAUUGUGCGGAGAGGUGGUAAGCUGAGAUCCGCCACCCCAAAUGCCUUGCCCCCCUCACCGUUGAUUAACAAUAUUAAAGCCCGAAGGAAUACCACCCACACCAGCACAUUCAUAACGAACAAUAACAAGCGAAAGAGUCAUGACGAUUUGGAUGAUUCGGUGGUCAGUAGAAGCCUCAAUUCGCAUGGAAAACCAUCUCUGGAGCCACUUCAAUUGGUGUGGGCCAAAUGUCGGGGUUAUCCCUGGUAUCCGGCCCUCAUUCUCGAUCCGAAAACCCCCAAGGGAUUCGUCUACAAUGGUGUACCCCUGCCCGCCCCGCCCACUGAUGUAUUGGCCUUGCGUAAGAAUUGUCUCGACGACAUUGUCUUCCUGGUGCUAUUCUUCGAUGUGAAACGCACUUGGCAAUGGUUGCCGGCAAAUAAACUGGACAUCCUUGGCAUUGACAAGCAUUUGGAUCAACAGAAAUUAGUGGAAUCCCGCAAGCCAGCAGAACGCAAAGCGGUCAAGAAAGCCUAUCAAGAUGCUUUACACUAUCAGAGUCAAGUAUCGGAUCUGGAGGGGCAAGGACCCGAUCCGAUUAUGUGAAAGCUAAUCAAUCAAUGGCAUUUGUAAAGAACCCAAAUCGAAACUCUCGAAAUAGUUUAGCCAUAAAUAUGUAUGACAAAUUUUCUGUUUACCCUUCCCUAACCCCAUACCCCGAGCCCAUCCGUUAAAAUACACAAUUUUUGUUAACUAUUGAUGAGAUGAGAUGUAGUAAAGGCCCUCCAUUAGAUGCGUA